GUUGGGCUGCGGCGCGGGGCGGCUGGCGUGAACGGCCGGCGCUCGGGAGCCGCAGGGGUUGCGCAGGUGGUUCCUCUGGGAGCCCUCCCCGGGAAGGCAGGACAAGUGGAACUACUGGGGCUCCGCGGUGUGGGGGGCAGCGCCGGCGGCUCUCCCGGGACCGGCGGCGUCCUGAUGCGGGCGCCCCGCGGGGAGCGCGCCCUGGAGGAGUCCCUGGAGCGGUACCAGAGGCGCCUCCGAGAACGUGCUACUGAAAGCAUCCAUCAACUGAAAUAUGCCUUGGCAAAGGGUGAGGAUGACGUUGGAUUUGACCAGUCCUCUGUGGACGAGGGCAGUGAUGAUGCGGAUAGGGAAAAUGAUGACUGUGGGAACGCGGCCAGGCAGGACCUGCAGCACAGUCAUGCAGUUAAUCAACUUAAAAUUUUGCUGCAACAUCAAGAGAAAGUGGAAAGUGAAGUCUCUCCAUCAAGAAGGAAGUCAUCAUUCUGUAAACCCCCAGAAGCUGUACCUGGAGACUCACCAGCCCUUUCUGAUCUCAUUCCUAUAAUCAAUGAUCAAUCACAGUACAUUAACCAUUUGGAAACAGAAGUGAAGUUUUGCAAGGAGGAGUUGUCUGGGAUGAAAGAUCGAGUACAAGCAGUUGUACUUGAAAAUGAGGAACUCCAUCAGAAACUGAAAUUCUUAACUGCAGAAUACACAUUGAGAGAACAAACUCUUCUAGAGGCCUCGGCAGAUACUCAGAACUCCUGGGCUGGAGGUGGUAAAGACUUUAGCAUGCGUCAGCCUGUCACCUCAUCACCAGCACGUAACAAAGAUCAGGCUUUUGCUACAGCAGCUGCUGGAGGCAUAGAAAAAUGGCCUGUAGAACUGGAGAAUCUAAAACUUCUUUAUCAAGAAAAAGUCAAUAUCCUUGAUGCUCAGAUACAAUCUCUAAGAAAAGACCUUUCAGAAUCUCAGAAGACAUGCAAAGAUUUGGAAGGAAGGCUGAAACAGCAGAAGUCACUUGUUUCAGCUGCAAAUUGUAGUCGGGUUGGGGGAAUGUGCCUGAAAUGUGCACAACACGAGGCAGUUCUUGCACAGACUCAUUGUAAUGUUCAUGUGCAGACCAUCGAAAGGCUAACGAAGGAAAGAGAUGACUUGAUGGAUGCACUUGUUUCACUGCGACAAAACAUGAAAGAGAUGCAGCAAAGAGAAUCUGAUGCUUGUAAGCAAGUUGAACAUGCUGUGCAAAUGGCAGAAGAGGCCAAUUUGGAAAAAAUAAAGGCUCUAGUCCACUGUGAGCAACUGAAAAGUGAAGUGGAACGGCAGAAGAAUUGUCUUGAAAGGGAGUUGGCUGCCCAGCUAAAUGAGAGGGCUAAUGAAAAAGAAGCAGUGCGGGAAGAAAUGAAGAAAGAAAGGGAGGACUUGGCAGCAAUGGUGACAGCCUUGUCUGAGAAUGUGGCCAUUUUGGAGGCUCAAAUAAAGAAAACUACGAGUGAAAAGAACUCUCUAGUUAACCAGUUAGAACAAUCACAGGAUCAGCUUGCAUCUCAUGAAAUGGAGAUGAAUAAGGUGUGUGGAGAAAUGCGCUAUCAGUUGAAUCAAACCAAAAUGAAGAAGGAUGAGGCAGAAAAGGAGCUCAGAGAGUACAGAACAAAAACUAUAAGGGAGCUUGAAAUUAAGGACCAGAAAAUAGAAAAACUGGGAUUAGAGCUGAAUGGAAGCAAACAGCGUUUGGAACAAGCCCAGCAGGAUGUGACAGGAGCCAGAGAGGAGUGCCUAAAACUGGCAGAACUGCUGAGUAAAUCUGAACACCAACUGCACCUCACCAGAUUGGAGAAAGAGAGCAUUCAGCACAGCAUUAGCAAUGAAGCAAAGGCCCGAGCCCUUCAGGCCCAGAAAAGAGAGCAGGAGCUGACACAGAAGAUGCAGCAAAUGGAGGCCCAGCAUGAGAAAACUGUAGAAGAACUGGAUUCAUUGCUGACUUCCCAGAAUACAUUCAUAGCAAAAUUGAAGGAAGAAUGUUGUAUGUUGGCAAGGAAGUUGGAACAAAUGUCAGAAAAAUACAGGUCUGAAGUCAACCAGCUUAGUCAGGAAAAAGAGUAUCUUCACGGCAGAUUGGAGAAGAUGCAGAAACGGAAUGAUGAAUUGGACCAACAAUGUAUCCAGCAUGGGAGAAUGCAUGAGAGGAUGAAGUCAAGGUUACAGCAGCUUGACAAGCACUGUCAGGCCACUGCCCAGCAGUUAGUGGAGUUGCUCAACAAACAGAAUCAGCUCUUCAAAGAGAAGCAGCUGCUUACAGAAGAGGUGCAGUUUCUGCGAACACAGGACUUCCUGUUGUAGUAGACAAACUCGGUGGCUCAUGGUAGUGUAAGGUUAUCAGCAUGUAGUGACUACUGGCAAAUUUUAGGGCAACCAUAGUGUUCUGUCUAUAAGACAGGUUAAGAAGGUGGUUCAGAAAAGAAAUUACGAUUUCUGUUUUAUGGAAAGCACUCUUAGUAAUAUGAACAGCCUUUACAUGGUCCACAGGGAUUUUGUUAUUGAUAAUCUAUUUUUUCUGGAAGUGAGUGUGCUUUUAUGAAGUUGGGCAGAAGUACAAAAAUCACACAAAAGAGGAAAAUAUUCAGAUAUUAUGCUGCUAUCAAGACUUGACUAGCAAAAGCUGCCUUCUUUAUGUUUAUUACAAGUUAAUUGUGCUCCAGAGGAUACGUUUUAAGUUGAGAACACUCAGAAGAAUGAUAAAAAAAUUAUUAAAAAUGAGCCUUAAAAAUCUAUUUGCAGCUAUUUAAAGCAAUGGUGGUUCUCUGGGAACUGGAAUUCAGCCCAAGAGAGCUGCCUGGAAUAUCAGACAAUUGUUUUAAGAAAACUGAAGGAUAGUUCACCAUAAAUGGAAGCUCUUAACUACAGAAAGAUGCAUGUAGUUAGUAUAGAAAUAAAUAUUAAAAUCAAACAAUUGCAGAUUCAGUGUUGAUCAAAGGUGAAAGUGACCUCAUAUUCCACAUUUUACUGUAUUGUCCAACAGCUUUCCUUUAUAAUCAAUUAAUUAUUUUUAAUUCUUUUUUUUGGUGGGGGGGAAAGUAAAAAACCCCAAUCAUUACCUAAUCUUCUAAAGAUGACAUAAAAUACAUUAACCUAACUGUGCUGUUGUAUCUUGGAACAUAAGCCAUUAGUAAUUUAAGUUGUAUAUUUCAGGGAAAAAAAUGGGAUGCAGAUCUCAAACAGGACACAGAUGGAAUCAAGUAAAAACCUGGAUGGAUGAAAAGAAAUGAGCAGAAGUCUGCUCGGCACCUGGCUGUAACUUGUCUGAGGCUCACCCAGAGACACCUCUGCAGAAAACAGGCACACUUGCUAGCUAAUUUCAGCUGGUUUCUAUUUGGUUUUAACUACAGAAUCACAAAUAUUUUGAAGCCUUACCAGCCUAUCAGACUUUCUAGGACAACAGCUGAGACUUUUCUGAAAAGACCAGGCUUGCAAGCCAGUUUUAAAAGCUAUUACGUGGUAUAGACUUUAAUAAUUUGUACAAUUUUUAUAAAAUGUUUUUAUCUAUUUUCGUAAUUGAACAUACAUGUCUAUAUUAUUCACAGACUGAAAUAUCAAUAAACCUAACAGGAUUCUUA